AUGAUCCCACUAAACUCCGAUUUCCACAAGGAUCUGGACUGGUGGCGUGAGUUCCUGCCGACAUGGAACGGCACUGCAUGCUUUUUACAGCCGGACUGGACGCGGUCGGAUGUGCUGCACCUGUACACGGACGCCUCAGCAACGCAUGGCCUCGGCGCUUACUGUCAGGGGGCGUGGUUUCAGCUCCACUGGCCACCGUGGAUAACUGAACUGCAGCCCUGCAUUGAAUAUCUCGAGAUGGUGCCGAUACUGCUCUGCGUGAUCGUCUGGGGAAGGAAGCUAGCGGGCAUGAAAGUUGUCUUCCACUGCGACAAUGCUGGCGCCAUGCAUGCAUGGGAGAGUCUCAGAUCAGUAAACCGCAGGGUGUUAGAUAUUAUGCGUCGCCUGGUUAAAGCCGCGGCGGUCGCUGGCAUGACGUUAACGCUUAAACACAUUGCCGGAAUUAACAAUGAAAUAGCUGAUGCGCUCUCUCGUUUCCAGCAAAGGCGUUUCCGUCGGUUAGCGCCACAGGCGGAGCAACUGCCGGUGGACUGUCCCGACAUCUUCCCGGACCUCAAGGCAGCCUUCUGCAACCCCAGAGCUGAACGAAUUGCUGCAGGCUCAUAUCGCUGA